AUGUCGCAGCUCUCCGCUGCAGACAUCCAGAAGCGGCUGCUGCUCAUCGGCAACGCGGCCAAGGCGCGCAACCCGACGGGCUUCGUCGACGAGGUGAAGCGGCGCGUCGGCGACGGCAAGCCCGCGCCGCCGCCGCCGCCGCCGGAGGAGCGCCUGUCGUGGGUCGUGCUCGAACCCUCCACUCGCCUCGAGCGCGCGCUCGCGGCCGGCGACGCCGCGGACGCGCGCGCCGCGCGCGCGGAGGCGACGGCGACGCUCGCGCGGCUCGCGCGCACCGGCCCGCUCGUCGACGCGGUCUGCCGGCGCCUCGUCCGCGACGGCGCGGACGUCGGCGCCGCGCUCUUCGCCGGCGACGGCGAGCCCGCGGUCUUCGCGCGCUUCAACGGCUGCGUCGUCUGGCUCGCGCUCGCGGCGCCGAGCGCCUUCGCGGCCGCGGCCGCGCGGUCGCGCGCCUUCGCGGCCGCGGCCGCGCGCGGCGGCCUCCGCCAACUCUGCGUCGCCGAGGUCGACGCGGCGCUGAAGGCGCGCGGCGCGUUUCGGCCCGCGGCGUGGCGCGCGCUCGCGGGCGACGGCGACGACAACAUAACCGCGGCCGGCGGCGACGGCGAGGCCGCCCGCCGCGACCUGCGCCGCGGCGCGGAGAGCGCGGAGCUCCUCGCGGCGCUCGAGCGCGCGCGGCCGGACGCGCUCGAGCGCGCGGCCGAAUGGUCCCGCGCCGACGCCGUGAGCCGCUGCGCCGCGGCCGCCGCCAAGUACGCGGCGCUCGAGGAGUCCGCGGCGGUCGCCGCGCGGGCCGCGGCCGCGCGCGUCGCCGAGCUCGAGGACGCGCUCGCGGCGGCCGCGGCCGAGGCGCGGACGCGCGACGCGCGGUCGAAGCGCGGCGAAGGCGCGCCCGCGGCCCCCCGCGCCGGGCCGGACGCGCCCGCCGCGGCCGCGGCGACGCCGCGCGGCGCCGUCGACGCGAUCCGCGCGUCGCGCCUCGUCGACGUCGACCUGUCCGGUUGCCCCGCGGCCGUCGCUUCCGGCGCCCGGGGCCUCCAGCGGUCCCUCGCCGCCGCGGCCGAGCGCCUCUCCGUGGACCUCUACGAGCACCGCGACCACUUCCUCCACGAGCUCUUCCAGAACGCCGACGACGCGCGGCACGACGGCGUCGAUGCGCCGGCGCUCGAGGUCGGCCUGAGCGGGUCCUGGUUCUUCGCCUCGUCGAACCAGCGCCCGGGCUUCGACGCCGCGGACGUGCGGGCGAUCUGCGACGUCAACGCGUCCACGAAGGCCGGCGACGCGGCGACGACGGGCCACAAGGGCAUCGGCUUCAAGGCCGUCUUCGCCAUGUGCGACCGGCCCUGCGUGCUCUCCAACGGCUUCGCCUUCUACUUCGACGCGGCGCGCGACGGCGCGCUGGGCCUCGUCGCGCCGCGCUGGCUCGAGCUCGACGGCGCCGACGGCGCGCCGGCGCCGCCCGGCGACGUCGUCGACCGCUGGCGCGCGGGGCGCACGACCUGGACGGCGACGCGCGGGCCCGGGGCGUCGCGCGUCGCCGUCGCGACCGCGGGCGCCGCCGCCGCGUACGACGUCUUCGGAUCGUCCGGCGCGACCGCCGCGUUCCGCGCCGGCGGGCCCGAGCGGCCCGCGUUCUACCACGCGGUGCUGCCCGUCGCGCCGCUCCCCGCGUCCUUCGGGUUCAGCCUGUCGGCGCCCUUCGACCUCGUCGCGUCGCGCGCCGCGCUCCGGGCCACGGCGAACAACGUCGCGCUCCGCGCCGCGGUCGCGGACGCGUUCGCCGCGGCGGUCGCGUCGUCCGACGAGCUCCGCGGCCGCGCGCUCGACUAUCUGGGCAGCGAGGACCGCGCGGAGCCGCCCUUCUGGGCGGCGCUGCGGGCCGACGUCGCCGCGCGGCUCGCGGACGUCGCCUGCUGCCGCUGCGACGACGGGUCCCUCGCGGCGCCCGCGGAGGUCUUCCGCUACCCGGAGGCCGGCUCGUCGCUCCGCGCGGCCGUCGCGCUCCUGGGGCCCGGCGCGCGCGUCCGCGGGCGCCGCCUCGCGCGCGUCGCGACGGCCGCGGCGCCGCGCUUCGCGCUCGGCGACCUCGUCGCCUGGGCCGGAGACGCCGACGGGGACGAGAGGGCGGCCGCGGCGGCGAGCGACGCGUUCUGGGCCGCGCUCCUCGACGCGGAGCCGGAGCUCUGGCCGCGGAUCCGCAAACUACGAAUCGUCGCGGCGGACGGCGGAGGCCCGCUCCGCGCGCUCGCCGACGGUCUGUGGGCCUUCGACGGCCCCUGCUUCCGCGGCGCGCGCGGCAACGGCCGCGUCUACCGCGCGGCGCCCGGCGGCGGCGCCGCGCGGCGCCGGCUCCUCGAGCGCCUCGGCGUCCGCGCGGCGCUCUCCUACGCCGACGCCGUCGACUUCGCGCUCGACGCCGCGGCGGCGGACGGCGGCGGCGGCUGGGAGACGCUCGACCUCCUCCGGCGCGCGUGGGCCGACGACGCGGACCUCGCCGCGCGCUGCCUCGCGGACGGGCGCGCGUCGACCCUGCGCGUGCCCGCCGCGGCGGGCCGCGCGGCGCCGGCCGCGUCCCUCGUCUCGGCGACCCUCUUCGGCGCGCGCGUCCUGCUCCCGGACGACGUCGCGGGCGCGAUCUCCGCGCUCCUCGACGGCGGCGGCGCGGCGGCGGCGGCGCUCCCGGACGAGCGCGCGAUCUCGACGACGGCGGCCGAGCCGCCGCCGACGGCGCCGGCCGUCGAGUGGGAGGCGCACCUCGACCGCCUCGGCGUCGCGCGCGCGAUAGCGGACGCCGCGGGGCCGGACGUGCUCGUCGCGCUCGGCGCCGCGCUCGCGUCCGCGGCCUGGUGGCGCGGCCUGUCGCCGGCGGCGCUGGACUACGUCGCCGACCGCCUCGGCGACGCGGCGACGCUCGCGAUCGCGCGGGCCGCGCCCGCGCGCGCGCGAAAAGGCGGGAGCGACGUGCUGGCGGUGCGCGACCACUUCCUCCGCGACGCGUUCGCGCCCUUGUGCGGCGUCGCGCUGCCCUACCUCUUCGACGACGGCGGCGGCGCGGACGCGUACCCGGGCCUCGGCGCGGCCGCGGCGCGGGCGACGCGCGCCGUCGUCGCGACGCUCGCGCGCGGCGACCCCGCCGACGCCGGCGACGCGCUCGCGGCGCUCCGCGUCCUCGCCGCCGCCGGCGGCGACGCGCGCGCGGCCUUCGCGUCCGCGGCGGCGCUCUACAACCGGUGUGGCGCGCUCGCGGACCGGCGCGACGACGCCUGCGUUUUGGUCGACGGCGAGAAGGGCGGCGCGCUCCGGCUCGCGCUCGCGUCGAACUGCGUCUGGGACGACGACGAGCGGCUCUGCGCUUUGGCGGGGGCCACGCGCCUCGCGCCGCGCUACGCGGCCCACGGCUGCGAGGCCGCGCUCGCGCGCCUCGGCGUCGAGCCGCGGCUCGGAAAGGCCCGCGACUUCCUCGCGACGCUCGCGACGAUCGGCGCCGGCCGCGCCGACGGCGAACCGGGCGACCUCGUCGCGGUCGCGGCCGCGUGCUACGCGCGCCUCGCGGGCCUCUGCGCGUCGAGCGCCGCGGACCGCGCGGCCGUCGCCAACGCGUUCCUCGCGGCGCGCCUCGCGCUCGUCGCCGGCCGCCGCGGCCAGCUCGUCGCGCUGCGGUCCACGGAGGCGUUCUGGGACGUCGCGCCCGCGCUGCGCCACGGCGCGGCGGCGGCCUUCGCGCUGGCCGCGCACCACGACGCGGCGCUGCGAAGCUUCUUCGUCGACGUCGUCGGCGUCGCCGCCGCGCUCGGCGAGGACGCGCUCGACGCCGCGGCCGCCGCGCCGCCGCCCGCGGCCGCCGCGGCCGCCGCGGCGCCCGGCGGCGCGCCGCCGCCGUCGGUGCAGCAGGGCUUCGCGCCCGACGACCUGCGGGGCGGCGCGGACGCGGCCCCGGCGGCGACCGAGGACCUGGCCGUCGCGGCGAUCCGCGCGGUGCAGCGCGGCCGCGCGGAGGCGCUCGCGGUCCGCGGCCGGCCCCUCGACGGCGUCGGCGGCCCGCCCGACGACCUCGCGGCCCUCGCGGCCGUGCUCCGGCCCCUCCUCGCGGCGCUCGCCGUGCCGUCGCGCGCCGUCGCCGUCGCGGACGUCGACCGGUGCCCCUUCGUGCUCGACGCGUGCCUCGUGCUCUCGCGGCCGCGGCUCGCGGCCCGCUCCGACGCGCCCUACAUCGUCACCGAGAUCCUCCACGGGCUCGCGCACGCCAUCGACGACGACCACGGCGACGACCACGGCGCCGCGGCGCAGGCCCUCUACGCGCACGCGCUCCCGCGGCUCAUCGGCGGCGCCGCGCCGCCGCCGCCGCCGCCGCCGAUGACGCUCGGCCCGCUGCCCGGCGCGCGCCAUGCCGCGGCGCCGCGGACCCACGGCGGCGACGCGCGCGGCCGCGGCCGCUCGGGCGGCGGCAAGGGGCGCGGCGGCAAGGGGCGCGGCAAGGGGCGGAGCGCCGCGCCCGGCGCGGAGCGGGCCCCGCGGUACUCCUAG